UCCUCCCGCCGAGGCCGGGUUGGGCAGCAGCAGCAGCAGCAGCGGACGCGGGCGCCGAGCGCCGGGGGCAGCGGACGCGGGCGCGGCGACUCGGGCCGGGGCGGGGAUCCGCGCGGCCAGCGCAGCGGCGGCGGCAGCGCCCCGGGCCCGCCGCCCCCUCCCCUCCCGCGAGGGGAGCCGCUGCAUGGGGCCGGGAGCGCGGCUCAGCUGUGCCGAGCGGCGGCGGCGGCGACGGCGGCGGCGGACCCCCCCGGCGGGCGGCGGCUGAGCCCGGGGCCGAGGCGAGGGCUCCGGGGGGACCAUGCCCGGAGGCCGGCCGGCCGCAGCAUGGCUCACGGGCCCGGCGCACUGAUGCUCAAGUGCGUGGUGGUGGGCGACGGGGCGGUGGGCAAGACGUGCCUGCUCAUGAGCUAUGCCAACGACGCCUUCCCUGAGGAGUACGUGCCCACCGUCUUUGACCACUACGCAGUGAGCGUCACCGUUGGAGGGAAGCAGUACCUCCUGGGACUCUAUGACACGGCUGGACAGGAAGACUAUGAUCGUCUAAGGCCUUUAUCAUAUCCAAUGACUGAUGUCUUCCUCAUAUGCUUCUCCGUGGUAAAUCCAGCCUCAUUUCAAAAUGUCAAAGAAGAGUGGGUGCCGGAGCUUAAGGAAUAUGCACCAAAUGUACCCUUUUUGCUAAUAGGAACUCAGAUUGAUCUCCGAGAUGAUCCGAAAACUUUAGCAAGACUGAAUGAUAUGAAAGAAAAACCCAUUUGUGUGGAACAAGGACAGAAGCUAGCAAAAGAGAUAGGAGCAUGCUGCUAUGUGGAAUGUUCCGCUUUAACCCAGAAGGGAUUGAAGACUGUUUUCGAUGAGGCUAUCAUAGCCAUUUUAACUCCAAAGAAACACACAGUAAAAAAAAGAAUAGGAUCACGAUGUAUAAACUGUUGCUUGAUCACGUGAGCUUUGCCUGCCAUGGCCAAGGAGACUGUCCACUUUGGAGAAUGUGUGUGCAAUGCCGCAGCUGUACCCAGACCUUUCACAGAUAAGGAAGCAGCUUCAAACUUGAAAGGGGGAAAAAAGAGAGAGAGCGCCUGUACUCAGAAUUCUACAAAGUUUAAGAAAAAUUUUCCUCAAAGGUCCAAGAAGCAGCAGCAAACAGCAUCUGAAGCCACAAUCUAUUAUAAAUACUUUAUUUCAACUAGAAGAUACAAUCUCUCAGGGGUUUCAUAGUUUAAAAAGCUACAAUCACAAUCAUGUUGUGAACUACGUUAAAAAAAAAAAAAAAAAACAGUGCUGUAAAUGAACUGCUCGGCUCUGCCCAUGGACAUUUCUGCACAGCCCUAUGGAAUCUGCACAAAAGAAGCAUCUUUCCCCCUUGGCUCCUGUUAAUUGUUCUUGUAUGUAAGUCGCUUUCUAUUCCAGUAUAUCCAGAGUGGUGAAAUGAUGAGGCCAGCCACGUAGCCAAAGGUUGCUCCAAGCGUACAGGAGAUGGGCCAUACCUGCAGAAAGAAUGUGUGAGACUCAGAAAGAACAAAUGUCUUUAUUAUUCCUUGAGCACAAGUUACAAGUGUAAUCUAAAUAUUUCUAUAUUAAGGCUUACUGUGCUUUCUUAAUGCCAAAAGUGUAACAAGGUCAUACUUGCAUUUAUUAUGAACACGAAAACACUGUAUGCAUUUUAGUUGAUGUGCAUUCAAUUGUAUCCAGGCUUCCAGGAAUUGUAGGUUUAGUUUGCUCCCCAAAUUGCAUGAGACACAGGCUAAAAUUACAAAUUAAAAUUUUGGGUCAGACUUUGCCAUAAUACUGGACUCAAUUUAGCUUUCUGAGUUAGUUGGUGAUUAAAAAAAAAAAAAAGGAAUUUCAUAUUGGCUGUGUACAUGAAAUGAAAUGAGAAAUGUGUAUGCUGACCAGACCAAGACAUAUGCGAAUAUUGCUAAGGAGGAAGGAUGUAGAAUUCAAGCACGCUUGUGGAAUUUCCAGCAGAGCAGCUGCUUCUGUGAAACUGAUGCCACCUUUCAGAUGCAGUACUGGAAUUAGUAGCUAUAGCCUAUAGCUCAUUAUCACAGCGCCCAGACUGUACACAGUACCAGCUUCCAAACAUCCAGUUUCCUCCAGCCACAUUACAUUUUACAAUGUGACAUCAAGGUAGAAGUAAAUAGUGUUCGUUCAUUCCAUCCACAACAGUGCGUGUUAAUCACUUGGUAAAAAGGCUCUGCUUAGAAGCACAGUUGGAGAUGAAUAUGGUUAGACUGGAGCCUUCUCUGAUCUAUGGGGGACCAGGCCACAGAAGUGUGUAGGAGUGAACCAUCUUAAUCACCAGUCCUUUCACCUGAUCAGCUGCCCGUUUGUUCUGCUGUACAGCUCUGCCUUACUCCAAAUGCUGUGUAAAAGACAACAGUGUCGGCCACACUUUGUCUGAGCUGCACAGUGCAGCUUAGAAAAGCAUAAUCUAAUCCAUAAGCUUUCUUUUCCAGCCUUUCCUACAUUUCAACCUGCUGUUGCCUAAAUCACCAUUUAUUUUUUAUGUCUUUGGUGGGCUUCUGAUAAUUCUCCUGACUUGAGCUUAGAGUUAUGUCUCUUGCACAGAUUGGGUAAUGGAACACUAAACUUUUAUACUUGAAAAUGACAGCCUUAAGUGCUCCUAUCAGUCACAAACCCCUGUACUGUCUUGUCAUGUGUGAGCUUUGUAGAGAUUUUUAAAAACACAAGCGUCAUCUUCCCCAGUGAAGAGUGGACAGAGUCUGCAGGAUAACUUGUCGGGAACUUUCUCUCCGAACUGAACUUUUGAUGUCUUCUCACAAAAUGUGGUGGUUCCCAUUCAGGAUCAUGGCCUUACAUGUGCUCAAAUGGAAUCUUAUAUGUAACUUUCUCAUUUACUUUUGGUCUAAUAUUUUUAGAUAGAAUUGGAAAAAAAUAUAUAUAUAAAUCAAUUGCCGUAUUAGCUAAGUUGUACAACACAUGCUAUAAAGGAAUUAAGACAGUAAAAUAUUAUACAUUUCCAACUUGUCUUUGGGAAUUUGAUGGAAUUUUUUUUCUUCUUCCAAAUUCACAUCUCUGAAACCCUCUAUACUUGGUUGACUAGCUGAUGAAAGUUAAAAUCUAUCUGUCUUACUCUAAAAGAAACUGAUUAGGAAGCUGAAGGUUCAAACUGGUGUCACCUCUGUUUCUUGGCUCGGCCUGUUUCCUCAACUUUUACAAGUGGGAGACAGAACUCGGUCUUAGGAUUUUCUGCUUUCUAUUCACAGUAAUCACUGUUGGACGUUGACCUUUUGGUCUCACGUUCUCAGGGUGGUAAAAAUCAUCUGUUGAGACGAUCAGAACUCUGCAAGGUGAUUGUAUCAUCCGAACCUGCGGUGCCUUAGGUACUCUACUGACCUUGAUGGGGUUUGGAGUUUCCCAUUGCUUAUUAAGAACAUUUUGAUUGCUUUGGCUCCUUGCUAUUUCAGCUUUGCAAAAAUCCUUCUGACCACUUCACCUAAAAACCAAAGAUUUUUUUUUCUUCAUAAGCAGAUUGUAGAAAAAUUGCCUUAUUUUUAGAAGCAUGUCUUCACUAAAGGCUUAGGCUUUAAGAGAAAUUCAAGCUAACCACUAGAAUGGCUAUUUUAAAUUAGUGAACUGUGGGAAAUAAAAUAUUUCUAAAAUCUCUUAUUGACAUGAACUUUGCUAGUGAAUGCAAAUGCAUUGCUUCAAAUAAGGUCAUGUAUGCAAAUUUGCAGCUAAUCAGUUUUGUACUUGAGAUGUACAGCCCUUAAACAAUUUUCAGGGCUCCCUGAAAUCUUAAUACUUUGCUAAGCUCUACACUUAUUCUAUCUCUACAGCUACAUUUCAGGUUAGUUUGUGUUGGAUUACCAUGUUUCCAAUAAGCAGAGCUUGAACUGAUGGUUUUUGUUAUGAAUUAUCUUAGUUAAUUGACCAUAUACUGCUUCCAAUUGACUUUUAGGUAUUAGUUUUCAAUAAUAUAUUAAGUACUGGUUUAUUGGUUGUUGCUUUUUAAGUGACUGAUACUUUAACAGUGUCCCUCCUUAACCCGGGGGUUACAAAUAAAAUAAUCUGUGUAGUUUA